UGAUUUACUUGUAGCGACGGAAAACGCGUAGCGAGACCCAGAAAUCUCCAGUCCGAGGAAAAAGAUUAAAGAGAUUGUUGUAUUGUUCGGAGUUCGUCCACUUAAUUGGCGAUCGAAGCCUCUCCUCGCGAUGUUCAAGUUUUGGGGAUCUCAGGAGCAACAGUCUCAGCCACGUCCACAGGAUGGUUCUCCGCAGUCCUGGUAUCCUCCUUCUGUACUUAGCUCACCAAGUUCUUCUCGUCCAGGAACACCGGGUAGCACCUCUUCUAGCAGCUUCAGUUCACAUAGGCCUACAGACCGGCCGCAGUCGCCAUCACAUGUUUCACCUGCCGAAGCGGCAGGUAUAAUUGCUGUUCUGAAGGACAAAAGUGUUGAGGAAUUAAGGAAGCUUUUAUCUGACAAGGAUGCAUAUCAUCAAUUUUUACUUUCACUUGAUCAAGUGAAGAUUCAAAACAAUCUAAGAGAUGAACUACGCAAGGAAACUCUACAGCUUGCCAGGGAGAACUUGGAGAAUGAACCACGGAUUAUGGAGCUUAGAAAUCAGUGCAGAAUAAUUCGGACAACAGAGUUAGCUGCUGCUCAGGAGAAACUUAAUGAACUCGAGAGACAGAAGGAAGAGAGUUUGAAAUUCUAUUCCCCAGCAUCCCUUCUCCAAAGGCUCCAAGAGGCGAUGAGUAAGACGGAGGAGGAAUCUGAAAACCUGCACAGGCAGCUCUUAGAUAGGGAGAUUGAUGUUGGGUCCUUUGUCCAGAAAUACAAGAAGCUCCGUACUACUUACCAUAAGCGAGCACUCAUCCACCUUGCAGCCAAAACGUCUUCAACUGGUUGAAUGGAUAUAAUAAACACAUUAAUUGUUGUGUACUUUAAUAUUGAGGAACACUGCCUUAUUCCAUUGUUAUAAUUCUGUUUUUGUUGUAAGUUCAUUCUGUAUAUCUUUUUGUCAUUUCUUAUCAUAUCUAGCCAUUAAUGUUGUUAAUAAUUAAUAUCAACUUUAUUAUUUUUUGUUUGAAUAAUUGCUGUUUUUAAACUA